GACUCCUUACAGUCUGGAAAAGCCAACUGGAAUUACAAAUGGAGAGGAGAAUAGAAGAUUUUUCAGCAAAUUUGGCUCAAGCAGAGGAUCAGAAUUCUGAAUUACAGAAGAGGUUGGAAGAUGGAGAGAUUGAAGCAUCUGCUCGAUUAGCAGCCUUAACUGAACAAGUUAACAAUCUCCAAGAGCAGUUGAAUUCUUUGUCUGCUCUAAAAAUUGAAUCUGAUGCCCUGCUUGAGAAGAAAACUGCAGAAAUAGUGGAAUAUGCCAAUCAGGUAGAAAAUCUCAAGGAGGAAUUAGCAAGCAAAUUAGUGGAUGGGCAAAGAUUGCUGGGAGAGAAGAUGGUUUGCUUGUGCAGAUAAAUGACCUGGAACUGGUGGUGGAGUCU